AUGGGCAACUCUCCUUCACAAAGCCUCAGCCCCACAUACCCCACCUCGCGCUGGGCGGGACUUCCCGAUGACUGUCUGGCCGAAAUCCUCAAACUUGUCGAUGGUUUCGACCUUCUUUCCAUCGAACGCUGCUGUUUAUAUCUCAGCCUCUUUCUGCGGGACCCAUCUUCUACCUUUAUAUGGCGAGCUGUUAUUCGUAAUGGCACUGCACUUUGCCUGCCUCCGUGUCCCCCCGACCUUGGCCCCAGACACUAUAUCCACCUCGCCUUUGGGUGCUUCUGUCUGGAAACUAGCACAACUUACUGGAUGCUGCGGACUCGCCUCUGCUCAAAAUGCAAAAAGACGCUCAUUAAACGAUGUAAUAAACGGAAUCCACCUCAACUUUGGUUUGUCCAAGACCGAGACAUUUCCUUUGAGGAUCUUGUUCGUACACGGCCCUCCUCUCAUCGACGUCAAAUCGAGUACCUUCGCAGCGAAAUAAUACACAUCCGGGUGUCGAUAGCCACGAAAACGGACCGGGAACAGAAGCAAUGGCUCGGCGAACGGAAAAGCUCCGUCAAGGCGAUUCUGGAUCACGCCCUCCAGACGUCGAUGUUCGAGGCCCAUUUGAGGGACCGGAGAGAGAUCAUAAUGAAAGCCAGGGCCGUCCUCAUUCGUAAGAAGCUGUUCACCCUGGGUUGGGGAGAAUGGAUUCAAACGAUGCCGGCCUCGGAAUUUGAUGACCACCCACUCGUCCGGUUGCCUGCGCCUCUGACGCCAACUGAAUGGCAAGAAAUCCGAGCACCUCUGGAGGGCUAUAUGGAGGAGAUCAAGGAGCGUCUGGCCGUGGAACACCAAGAGGAGCUCCGUCGCGAAGAGGCACGACGAUAUAAAGAGGCGCAGGCCUCUCUAGAUCGUUGGCAAAACCCGAAUAAAAAGCAGAAGAAAAAGAAGAAUCCCAGCGGCUUUGUUUGA